AUGAACCUGUUCGAGAUUGACGGGGAGGCCAGCAAGAAUGCAGUCGCUCCUAUGACCAAGUCUCUUGCCGAGAAGUGCAUCUUCUUCUGGAAACCGGCCGGGAACUUCGGGGAAUUCAGCCAGUGGUUCAGGUCCACAUUUAUCUACGAUGGCUUGAAAUUUGUCACCGCCGAGCAGUUCAUGAUGUACAAGAAGGCCAAGUUGUUCGGCAACGAAGGAAUCGCGCAGGAGAUUUUGAAAAGCCCCAACCUCAAUCCCGCUAGACAUAAGAAAAUGGGCAGGUCGGUCAAGAAUUUCAAUGACAAGGUGUGGCAGAGGAUAAGCUUCAGCAUCGUCGUGGACGGCAACUUCCACAAGUUCGUGCAAAAUCCUGAGCUUGCGAGGGUGCUCUUGAGCACGGUCGGAUAUCGUUUGGCCGAGGCGAGCGGGUUUGAUAAGAUUUGGGGAAUUGGUUUUAGUGCUGCACAGGCAACGGCCAACUGGCAGCAUUGGGGGCAGAACAAGCUAGGUCACUGCUUGAUGGUGGUGCGGGAUAUGCUUGUCGACCUCCAGUGUCGGUUACCCUCUUCAUUCCAACCUGGCGUGAAGAUGCAGAGCAAAAUCGCGGUGGAGGCGACCACUGUUAUCCUCUGCUGCAUCUGCGCGCAGACGACUGUGGUGGAGCCCAAGGAAAGAAAGAUCAAGGACAACUCCCUCGCGCUCAUGCUUACGACUUGUCAAAAGUGUGUGGAGACGAAUGGGCUUGCCUGCGGUUGGCGUACACACAGCCAAGCGCAAGCGAUGAUUGAGAGAACCCACGAAGAUGCCGGCGUACACAGUCGAGCGCGUGAUCUUAUCGAACCACGCGAUGGCGACAGGCACAUCAUGACCCAUCCGAGCGUGGCCGGGAUGAACAAUAUGGAGGGCUGCAUGACGACGACAACGAACGGCUACGAGCUCGGCAUCGAGGAUAUGUGGCCUUCGGAGCAGCUCGUCUUUCCUUAG